CAGAAACAAAUUUUAAUAAACGUGUAUGAUCGAACUGUAAUGAAUUGUCAACCAAAACGAAUCUAUCUAUCCAUCUGAAUAUUCUGAAUCUGAAUAAAGUUCAAAAAUUUUCGACAAAAUUUAGUUGAAUAGAGAUUAUUUUCAAGUUGAAUUACUGUGAUUGAAUAAACAUUCAAUUAAAGGAUUAAAGCGGUAAUCUGAUAUCAUUUUAAGGAAAUAUGCAACAAAAUAUUAUUUGGACAAUAAUAUUAAUUGGUCUAGUAAGUGAUAGUUUGUGUAUUGUAUGCCCUGAAAACUAUUGCUCCCAAUAUCAGUGCAAGGAAGAGAUAUGUGGAGAAGGCCAAAUUAAAACGCUAGGAACUUGUGGCUGUUGUAAAGUUUGCUCAACAGUAUUGGAGGAAGGAAAAUUUUGUGGAUUCGUUGGAGAAAUAUUGAGUCCUGAACCACCAAAAGCAGUAUGUGCAGAAAAUCUUAUUUGUUAUAAUAAUAAAUGCCAAAAAGAAAAGGAUGUUGUUGCUGAAAUAGUAGCUUCUAACAGUGGAUAAUAUUUUACUCUACAUCAACUGAUUCUAUUAAUUUCAAGAAUACCAUUACAAGGCUUCAUCUAUAUUCCAUAGCUUCGCACUUAUUUUUUGACCAAAGGUUGAAUUUUGAAUUGAACCUGCAAUAAAAAACUGCCUAAUGAAUAUGUUUUGGUUUGAAGUAUGAGGGGCCAAGUCAAAAACAUCUCCUGUCGCAGAGAAUAUGGUUUGGUUAUUUGUUCUUAACGAUGAGAAGGCAUUUUUGCAAUUGGAAAAAAUUGUAUCGAUAAAAACAAGAGCAGUUGUAUUGGGACAGAACAUGCACGUAAACACUCCCACACAACAGUUGGGCUGAAAAAUUUCAUUUCAUCAUUCGCCUUCGGGGGUGAUUCUAUGAAUAUAGUAGAUGAAAUUUUGCCAUCGUUUUCAUUGAUUUGUGACGCAGUGCAUUAUUUUAAUGAAACAUCAUUUUCUUUUUCUUCAGAUGGGUCCGUUUUUCUGCACACCAUUUCAUUGUCUUUCUUAUUACACAAAUUCUAUCUUAAUAUGCACUGUUUGAGGAAGAAAACUAAUGAAAAAAUAAAUUAAAUUUUUUUCAUAUGUA